GAACUCGACACUCAUUCACAAAUCGCAACUUAUAGAUGAACCAAGUCGACAUUACUUUGUGGCAAUGAUCUACGCUCCCAUGCAUUUGCUUGAAAUAUUUGACUCCAAACACAAAUACGAACAGUGGUGGCACAGUGAUAAUUGGUGUGAGAAUCGUUCCCCGGAUUUCGAGCAUCAGCAGAGAUAGUACAUAUCGCGAUCGAGUGACUCGAUUAAAAGUUCUGAAAAUCAGUAGAAGACAUCGGUCGGUUAUCGACAGUCGCGUAGAAGAGUAUUCUAGAGAAACCUUCCGAAGUGAAAAGAAAAAUGGCGGCGGUACAAUCACCGACCGAAAUUAAACUCUCGUCUCCGAUACCGGUGAAACAAGAUUCGGAGAUCGACCUGAUGGCGUUCACGAUGGCGGCGCUGCGCAUCGUGAACCCGUGGGCCGUGGAGCCCCGGGACCAGUGGCCGGCGAGCCCGGAGCCCGGCACCGACGACUCCAAGGACCGCGUCAUCAGCCUCACCGAGGUGGCCAUGCACGACACCAUCGACGACUGCUGGGUAGUCAUCUACGACCGCGUCUACGACAUCACCACCUUCUUCGAUGAGCACCCGGGUGGAGCUGAGAUCAUGCUGGAGUACGCGGGGCGGGACGCGAGCACGGCCUUCCGCAGCUCCGGCCACUCCAAGAUGGCGACCAAGGCCCUGGGCAGGUUCGCGGUGGGCGAGCUGCCCAUGCACGAGCGCAUGUACCGCCGGCCCGGGGGCAUCAAGCUCAGCGACAUGCCGGAGUGACCCCCAGACAGCCCGGUACUUACUAGCAGUAUGCCGGUGAAAACCAAAAAUAGUGUUAGGUGUAGGCCCGCUUUCAUAAAGCGAGCCGAUCGUAUUAGUAUUUCUGCCUAUUAGCAUUUAUAACUAGUUUUAUGUGUAGUUGCUAGGUAGGUUUGUUUGUUUCGCAUUCCUUAUCUGUCCCCUCUCGGGCUGUGUUUAAGUAUUUAAUAUAGAAUUAAUUGUUAACCUCGGAGCAUAGCGUCGAUGAUAAGAUGUACGUGCGGAGUCUCUGGUUAUUUUAUAUUUAUUAAGUCAUGAAUAAAGAAUUGAUAUUUGAUAUACAA